CCUCAUUAACACAACCUGGUCUUCCCCACACAAACAACACAAUGGACGGCAACAAUGGCGAACCCUCGAACCAAGACCCUCCAAAUCAUACCGAUGGCGAAACCCAUAACACCCACGAACCCCAACCCACUUUCGAAGACAUUGAUAGCUCUUGUUCCACUCCCUAUGUCAGUGCUCCCUCCAGCCCCGGCCGUGGCCCUGUCACCGGCUUCUUCUACAGCGCCCCGUCAAGCCCAAUGCACUUUGCGCUGAGCAUAGCUUUAACAAAAACACCACCUCAAACUUCAUCAAUGGACGACUUUGAGUUCUCUGCGAGGUUCGGGUCAAGUGGGUAUGGGACCGGGUCUAUGAGCUCCGCGGAUGAGCUGUUCUUGAACGGGAAGAUCAGGCCCAUGAAGCUUUCCACCCACCUGGAGCAGCCUCAGGUUUUAGCGCCAUUGCUGGAUCUCGUAGCGGAGGUGGAUGAGUAUGACGCGGAUCAGCUGGGCGUGAGAGGCAGAGAUCUGAGGCUACGAGAUAAGUCUUUGCGCAGAAGAACCAGAUCUCUUUCUCCGCUGAGAAACACGGGGUUUGAGUGGGCAGAAAAUGAGGGUGGAGAUGAAGAUAUGAGCUUAGCAAACAAGAAUGGUUGUUUGGAUGUGGAAGAUAAUGAGAGGGAAAAGAUUGAGGGUUUGUGUUCAGAUACUACUACUCCUUCGGCUUCUGCUUCGUCUUCAAGAUCUUCUUCAGCUGGGAGGAGCUCAAAGAGAUGGGUUUUCUUGAAAGAUUUUCUCAGGAGCAAAAGCGAAGGAAGAAGCAACAACAAGUUCUGGUCUACAAUUUCGUUUGCUCCCACCAAGGAAAAGAAACCCGGAAACCAAACGCUUCCAAACCUCGUUACAAAGGAUCAUAAGGAUAACAAGCUUAACAACUCGGUCUCUGCGCCUUCAGAAGCGGCGAAAGGCAAAGGAAACGCACACGUUUCGACCAAGAAAGCGGCCGGAAAGCCGGCAAAUGGGGUCGGAAAGCGGCGGCACGUGCCACGGUCGCCGCAUGAGUUGCAUUACACGGCUAAUAGAGCUCAAGCCGAGGAAAUGAAAAAGAAGACUUUUUUGCCUUACAGGCAAGGGUUGCUUGGGUGCUUGGGGUUUAGUUCAAAGGGGUACGGGGCUAUGAAUGGGUUUGCUAGAGCCUUAAACCCAGUCUCCUCCAGGUAAAUAUCUUUGUGGGGAUUCAAGGAAAAUUGUAUAGAUUUUUUUUUUUUUUUUUUGAGCUUCUUCUAUUUAGGACCUGUUGAUUAUCUAUGUAUUUAUUAUCGGGUCUUCUCUUUUCUGUUUAAAAAGAGAAGAUGUCCCUGAUUUAAAUAUUGGGGUUGAUGAAUUAUGGGGUGUUCUUUUAUCCCCAUUUGCAGCUUGACAUGCUACUUUCUCUCGGACAUAGAGAUUGUUGUAAACCAUGAGAGAAAGAUAAAUGGUCAAAAUCUUGUUUCUUA